CCUCUUGAGCAGCCCAGGGGCAGCAGCUGCAGGCACAGCCCGGCUGUCCCCGCAAUGGAGCUUCCACCUGCCGACAGCUAAAGGACGCCGUAGCCAGUUUCCUCAUUGUUCUCCAAGACAUUCCAGCAGCUGCAGUAUCUUUUACUCCUGAUCUUUUUUCCCUGAGAAUCUCUGUGAAGACAAGUUAUGUCAACAGCUACUUUAAUUAAUUUGGUACGAAAUGGAGGGUAUCAAGUAAGAAGGAGAGCCGUGCUCACAUCCCGCCUCUUGCAAGACGAGAAGCGCCCAACAGGCGCCUGCUACGUCUCCAGCUCUGAGCGCCAUGCUUCCCGCUUCGAUCCGGACGGGAGCGGCCGGCCGACCACAUGGGACACCUUUGGCAUCUGGGACAAUCGCAUUGACGAGCCUAUUCUCCUCCCACCAAGCAUAAAGUAUGGGAAGCCGAUUCCUAAAGUGAGCCUGACCAACGUGGGCUGCGCGAGCCACAUCGGGAAGCGCAAGGAGAACGAAGACCGGUUCGAUUAUUCUCAGCUGACGGAGGAUAUCCUGUACUUUGCAGUAUACGAUGGACAUGGUGGGGCAGCAGCAGCUGACUUCUGUGAUAAGUACAUGGAAAAAUAUAUUAAGGAAUUUCUUGCUGAGGAGGAGAACUUGGAGAAUGUUUUGAGCAAAGCUUUUCUAGAAAUAAACAAAGCCUAUGAAAGGCAUGCUAAUCUCUCUGCUGAUGCAACGCUGCUGAACUCUGGGACCACUGCAACAGUGGCUCUGCUCCGGGAUGGCAUUGAGCUGGUGGUGGCAAGUGUGGGAGACAGCCGUGCUCUGCUGUGCCGAAAGGGAAAGGCCAUGAAACUCACCAUUGACCAUACUCCAGAAAGAAAGGAGGAGAAGGAAAGGAUUAAGAAGUGCGGUGGCUUCGUUUCCUGGAACAGUCUGGGACGACCUCAUGUGAAUGGUAGACUUGCAAUGACGCGGAGCAUAGGAGAUUUGGAUCUUAAAAACAGUGGUGUGAUAGCCCAGCCAGAAACAAAAAGGGUUCAGUUGCAUCACGCAGACGACAGCUUUCUGGUCCUUACCACAGACGGGAUUAACUUCAUAGUGAACAGCCAGGAGAUCUGCGACUCCAUAAGCCAGUGCCAUGAUCCUGCUGAAGCUGCCCACGUUGUUACUGAGCAGGCAGUGCAGUUUGGCACUGAAGACAACUGCACAGUUGUCAUAGUGCCCUUUGGAGCUUGGGGCAAGUACAAGAACGGCGAGGUCAGCUUCUCCUUCAGCCGCAGCUUCGCUUCCAGCGGGAGGUGGGCCUGAAGACCUGCCACAGCCAUCUUUCCCUGCCAUCAUCUGGACACAGGAGAACAUAUCCAUCUGUUCAUAGGCUGACUCAGUGUCUUGUCCAUCUCUUCUGUUCCCAGUGUUUAGAAGGUGCCACUGCUCCCUUGGUGCGUAACGCCCCGUUGUUGCUUACGGCUGACUCUGUUCUGCUGCCUGCCUUUAUUCCAGUUGGCACUGAGGCAGCCGUUUGGGAUUGUAGUCCCAGCAGCUCCGCACAUCACUUUGGUCACAUAGACGAGGCUCUGGGCUUUCACCUGAGGCUGGAGGGGUUGCACAGUUGUUCCAUAUCUACCUGUAUUCCCCAGGACCCUUAGUGACCUGGCAGCUCUGUAAGUCUGAGCCACAUGUUGGCUCCCUUGUACGUUAAUACGUGGGGGAACAAACGCACAAUGUUGUUGGGUAGACAGAAAGAGGGCUUGUUGUCUUCCUCUGCUGCAGCCACCCAAAACUCCCCUGUGCUUCAGGAGAAAUGGGUGAAAAAUAUGGCAGAAGUUUCGGAAGUGUUUAGGUUCUGAUGCCAGUGGCAUUCAGUGUAGCUGUACAACUUUGAGACAGUGCUGGUUUGCAGGGCUUUAUGCUCUCACCGCCAUCAUCCGUGAUCCUCUAGCUCCAGGAGACAGACUAGGCUGGAGCCACGUGCUGUUGGACAGAUGGGAACCUUUCUCCAUUGGGUCCAAAGCCUGUACAGUCUCUGUGGACCAUGCAGCAGUCCCCUGCACUGUUUUCUUUUUGCUGUGUCAGUGCUUCACAGGAGCACAAAAGAGGGAAAAAGAUGCACAGUUUUGAUACUGAGAGACUCUCAUCAACUUGAAUUUCUUUUCUUUUUUUUUUUAAAUAAAGAAAAUAAGCUAAUUUCAAACAGUUUACUCUUCAAGAUCUGAUGUGUAAGACAGUUUAUUUCUUCAUAAAUACAUGAAGAUUUUUGUGCCCUCUGCUGAAGUUGUCUCAGUAAGCUGUGAUCUCCCUUGUCUCUUUAUGGUAUACAGGGAGAUGUAAAAUGUCCCAAGCAGGCUAGAGAAAGGAGAGAGCGUUAACUUAUGGUAAUUUUUGUAAGUUUUGGUUAUUGUUUCUAGGAGGUGUCAGAUAUUCAGACACCACAAGAUAGUUUUAUACUUGAAGGAAGUGUUUCCACUUCUCUUGUUGGGUGGAGUCUGUGUCCAGUGAGGCAUGGGGGGACCAGAGCUCUGAGCCAGCUCAUUUCACUGCUGUGACAUGGACUGCAGGUGACAUGUUGGCAGCAGGUGAAGAUCUGUCCCAGCAUGUCUUGUUGUCUUGUUCCGACCACCUCCUUCCUCCUUUUCACAUCAGGUGUGCAGCUUCUGUGGCCUCCGGGUCACCCUGUUGAAAUGAAAUAUGGGCAGAGAAAAAUUGGUCUUUUUUCAGGCUUGCUGCAGUAUUUCUCAUUCUACAGAUGUUUCCAACUACACAAUUGUAAAAUCAAAAGAGGCAAAAGAUACUAAGUCACCUUGCAAAAAAAAUUUCUGAGGUGCCUGCCCUGAUCUUCAUUUUCCAGUGUGAAGCACUUAUCUUCAUUACUUUUAUCCCUUUCCUUUUAGUCCAGGGUUACUUAGUCACAUAGGCAGUCAUUCCACACAUUUUUCCUUGCCUCUGGUUGAAGACCUUGCAGCACCCAGCAGAGCACCGUGUUGUACUGACAUCAUUAGGUACUCAGUGUUUGGAGUGUGCUGGUUUUGUCCUAUCACUUGGUGUGUUACAUGGUGUGUAUAAUGUAUAUAUUCAGUUUAUAAGCACAGAGAGCUUGUGAGUCUGUGUGUAUAAAUCUGUUGCACAGUG